GCUACGUGAAUAAGGGUCCUCAUCAUGCAACCAACGAACGGCAGCGAUUUGUUUGUUUAAUUUUUAUGUUCAAAUUUAACUUCAACCGCACAAACCAACGCUCUUGUUUUGUUGUUUUGUUGUUUUGUUGUUUUGUUGUUUUGUUUUGCAGUUUUAUUCAAAGGUGAGACGUCCCACUGGUCUCUGGCUCCUCCCCCUGUGGUCACAGAAUGGAGCUGGCGUACGUGUGUGAGUGGGACAAACGUCAGAAGAGCACACACUGUCCCUCCAUCCCACUGGUCUGCUCCUGGUCCUGCAGGAACCUGGUGGCCUUCACCACCGACCUGAAGAACGACGAGGACGACAAAGAUGUCAGUCACAUGAUCCACAUCAUUGACACUGAACAUCCAUGGGAUGUUUACUCCAUCAACUCUGGACACUCUGAGGUCAUUUCUUGUCUGGAGUGGGACCAAUCAGGCUCGCGGCUGCUGUCGGCUGAUGGUGACGGUCAGAUCAGAUGCUGGUCGAUGUCGGAUCACCUGGUGAACAGCUGGAAGAGUGUGUUGUCCAGUUCUCUGGACGGAGAUCCGAUUGUGGCUCUGAGUUGGCUCCAUAACGGCGUCAAACUUGCGUUGCAUGUCGAGAUGUCGGGAUCUACUAACUUUGGGGAGAAGUUCUCUCGGGUGAAGUUUUCUCCAUCUCUGACUCUUUUUGGCGGGAAACCAAUGGAAGGCUGGAUGGCAGUCACAGUCAGCGGUUUGGUCACCGUGUCACUUUUAAAGCCAGGUGGCGCUCUGCUGACAGCCAGUGAGAGUUUGUGCCGGUUGAGAGGCAGAGUGGCAUUGGCCGACAUCGCCUUCACUGGAGGAGGAAACAUUGUGGUGGCAGCGACCGACGGCAGCAGCUCCUCGCCAGUUCAGUUCUACAAGGUGGUCGUGAGUGUGGUGAGCGAAAAGUGUCGCAUAGACACUGAACUGUUACCAUCACUUUUCCUGCGCUGCACCACCGACCCGCUGAGGAGAGACAAGUAUCCAUCUGUGACGCACCUGAAGUUCCUGACCAGAGAGAAUUCUGAACAGGUUCUCCUCUGUGCGUCCAAUCAGAGUGGCAGUAUUGUGGAGUGUUGGUCUCUGAGGAAGGAGGGACUUCCUGUCAACAACAUCUUCCAGCAUCGCUCUCCAGUUGUGGGGGAGAAACAGCCGACCAUCCUGAAGUGGAGAAUCCUGACGACUACCAACGACCUCGAGCGAGUGUCAGCCGUUGCUCUGCCCAAAUUGCCCAUCUCCAUUUCCAACACUGACCUGAAGGUGGCGUCAGAUACUAAGUUCUGCCCCGGACUGGGUCUUGCUCUGGCGUUUCAUGACGGCAGUAUUCAGAUCCUCCACCGCUUGUCUCUCCACACCAUGGGUGUCUUCUAUGGCUCGUCCUCCGCUCAGAGACCAGGUGACGAGUCCACCAUGAAACGCCAGAGAACUGGAGGCCCCGCCCUCCACUUCAAGGCCCUGCAGUUCUCCUGGACGUCCUUGGCUCUGGCCGGAGUCGACAAUCAUGGAAAGCUCCACAUGCUGCGGGUGUCGCCCUCUAUGGGCCAGGUACUGGACAUGAACACGACGCUGCGCCAUCUGCUGUUCCUGCUGGAGUACUGCAUGGUGACGGGCUACGACUGGUGGGACGUCCUGCUUCACGUUCAGCCGACCAUGGUCCACAACCUGGUGGAGAAACUGCAUGAGGAGUACAUGAGGCAGAACCAGGCACUACAGCAGGUGCUGGCAACACGUAUCGUGGCGGUGAAGGCGUCUCUCUGUAAACUUUCCACAGCAACGGCGGCGCGAGCAUGUGACUUCCACGCCAAACUGCUGCUGAUGGCGAUCAGCUCCACCUUAAAGUCCCUGCUGAGACCGCAUGUCCUCAACACGCCAGACAAGAGUCCAGGAGACCGCCUGAGCGAGAUCUGUGCCAAGAACACAGACACGGAUAUCGAUAAGGUAAUGAUCAACCUGAAGACGGAAGAGUUUGUUUUGGACGGCCCGCCCCUUCAGUCCCUGCAGCAACUCAUCCAGUGGGUUGGAGACUUUGUCCUGUACCUGCUGUCCAACCUGCCCAACCAGGGUUCCAUGGUACGUCCAGGGUUUGGCUUCAUGAGGGACGGAGCGUCUCUGGGUCUGCUCAGGGAGAUGCUGGUGAUGAUCCGGAUCUGGGGUCUGUUGAAACCCGGCUGUCUGCCCACGUUCACCGCCACGUCCGACAACCAGGACAGUCUGCAGCUGCUCUUCAGACUGCUGACCAGACUGUGGCUCUGCUCUCGGGAAGAUGGUUCAGUCCAGGAUCCUGACGAGUCUCUGGUGGAUGAGUGCUGCCUUCUGCCCAGUCAGCUGCUGGUUCCCAGUCUGGACUGGCUGCCAGUGAACGACGGCGUCAUGGUGAAGCUGCAGGGGAAACAACCAAUCAGACUGCAGUUUGGAAAAGCCUCUUCUCUGCCAGCAAGUGGAGCUAGUGGGGGCGGAGGUUUAGAGGUUUUCACCAGGACUCCUAGCUGUCAGAAGAUGGACAACCUUCGUUGUGUUCACAUGGGAGUUUGCCCGACUGAGGACAGUAAAGCCUGCACCAGGUGUGGCUGUGUGACGAUGCUUCGUUCUCCAAACAAGACAAACGCCAUGAAGCAGUGGGAGCAGCGCUGGAUCAAGAAUUGUCUGUGUGGAGGUCUGUGGAGGAGGAUCCCUCCAGCUCCACCCACAUGAACUCACCUGAUCCAGUCACAUUAUUCCGCAGGAACACAGUCGAGACUCCGCCUCUUCAGCUGACAUUGUCUGACCCUCUGUUAGCAGCCACCAUCACACUGAUGGUCACAUGAUCACAUCUUCUUUCUCAGUAGAGCAGCAUGAGUAGAGCUUUGAUUCACUCACUCACUCACUCACUCACCCAUCAGUGUUUAUUUGAAUGAAAGUCAUGUGACACUAUUUUCAUCAUGUCUGAAGUCUCAUGUUCACAAUGAAUAUGUUAGUUUUUAUACAGUGACUUUUGUAAUUAAAGUGUUCAACUAAA